UCUCGGAUCCUUUCCUUCCCGCCUACUACCUAUAUAUAAACGUACUACGUAACCAAACCCCGUCCAACCAAAGCCACUACGCUACGUACCUCCGCCAGCUUCUUUCAACCGCCCCCCGCAGGAAUAGUAGCACACCUAAUCCAAGAAGAAGCGCAUCGGGUUCGGGUCCUCCAGCCGACGUACGGUCUCCGUUUAUCCUGCCGCCGGAUCGGAGCGAUGCUCCACGGCGCCAGGUUCCUGUGCUCUGCCGUCGCCCGCCUCGCGCACGCGCUCAUCCGCAGCAUCCUCCUCCUCAUGCCCCUCUGCUCCCCGACGUCGACCUCAGCGAUCCCCGCGCCAACAUGGCAGCAGCCGGCGAGGGCGGCGCCCUACAUGAAGGUGCACCCGGCGGGCCCGCUGAUGGCUCUCGACGACCCCAAGGACCAGCUGACAGCGCUGUCGUCGUCGGCGCAGCCAGCGGUCGUCGUCGUUGUCCCGGCGCUCAAGCAUCAGCAGCCUGCCGAGAGAGUUGCGGAGACGAAGACGGCCAAGGCGGCGAGGGGAAGGCCGACCAGACUUGCCAUACCGCCGCCCUUGCCCUGCGCUCCCGGGGUCGACCCGUUCGGCGCGGUGGAGGCAGAGUUGGCCACCGAACUGGAAGUGCAGGGCGAGGGCUUCUGCCUGGCGAGCAGGAGAGGGGUCAGGCACGCCAUGGAGGAUGGCUAUGGGGUUGUCAUCACUGAUCACGGAGCCUCCCAAUUGGCGUUCUACGGUGUUUACGACGGGCACGGUGGCCGGGCCGCCGUGGAUUUCGUUGCCGACAAGCUGGGCAAGAACGUCGUUGCCGCGCUCGCCGCCGCCGCCACUGUGACGAGCCAGCACCAACGGCCCGAGGCGGCAUCGUCGUCAACGACGCAGCCGGCCAAAACAAGUGGUGACGAGCAGGUUGACGCGGUCGCGGCGGCGAUCAGAGCGGCCUACCUGACGACAGACCGCGAGUUCUUGACCCAGGGUGUACGCGGUGGCGCAUGCGCGGCGACGGCGCUGGUAAAGGACGGCGAGCUCUUCGUGGCCAACGUGGGCGACUGCCGCGCCGUCCUCGGGAGCCACAGCGGCAUCGCGACCGCGCUGACGAGCGACCACACCGCCGCCCGCGAGGACGAGAGGCGUCGCAUCGAGAGCUCGGUAUGUGGCGAUCGAGACGGACAUGCCGGCAUUGCACAAGUGAUCCCCACGCGCACAAGCUUCUCUUGCAGUCGAGCCGGUACUGAUGAUGAGGCUGCACACGUACGUGUGGUGUGGCUAUAUAUGCAGGGAGGGUACGUGAGCUGCGGCAGCAGUGGCGUGUGGCGCGUGCAGGACUGCCUGGCCGUGUCGCGCGCGUUCGGCGACGCGUCCAUGAAGGCCUGGGUCACCUGUGAGCCGGAGGUCUCGCGGCGCCGCCUCACCCCGGACUGCCGCUUCCUCGUCGUCGCGUCCGACGGCCUCUGGAACAAGGUGUCCUGCCAGGAGGCAGUCGACGUCGUCGUCUCCGCCCCGCCAGGUGGAGCUGGAGCAUCGUCCUCCGUGGAAUCGUGCAAGGACCUGGUCGCCUUGGCCAGGAAAAGGGGGAGCCGGGACGACAUCACCGUCAUGCUCGUUGAUCUGCAGCGAUUCAUUUGACAGUCACAGGACGCGGAGGCCACCGUUCAUCAAUGCUGCCAAGCAAAACAUUCGUACGUGAUCAAAUUAAUGUUCUUUUUAUAGUGUAUAUUUUUCUCUUUUUUUUUCUUUCACUUUUAUUAUUGGAUACUCUAGCUAGAUGAUUUCCCAAGAGAUUAUAUUGUACGUAGUAGUGUAGAGAGGGCUGCCUUCCGAAGAGAUUUGAAUUCAAACUCGUCAGAAAGUGCAGAAGAAGAUUAGCGCGACGUGUAAAAAAUAGCUAUGAUGAUUUCCUCUAUUAGUUCGAGCAAAUAUUUCGGUGUGUCACAGGCUCACAGCAGAAGGAAAGCUAUCGAACAUUCAUGGAAAA